AUGUCCACACCGCACGGCGCUUCUCCUUCCGCCUCAUAUCUCCAUCAAGAUGCUGAACUGUACUCGCUCGACUUUCUGGGCUUGUCAGAGCUCGACGCGCCCAUGUCGGAUGUCGACUCUCCCAAACCAGCAGCAGGUCUCGCUGAUUCGGCCCGGCGGAAUCAGGGGCAUGCUGUGGAUGCUGGACAACAUGUCCAUGGAAAGUCGGACGUGGGCGAAACUUUCCAAGGUGGGAUCCACCAGAAUGGAGGGCAUACGAUGGAGGUAGAUGAAGGGGUGAUGGACGGCAAGAAGCAGGAGUUCAUGUUCAAUGGUCACGAGUAUGAUGCUCUGCAAGCUGCCAUGCUGCAACAGCAGCUGUCUUCUUUCCAUAUGCAAUCACCUCUCGGCUUCGACAUCAACAAUCCACCCUUCCAUCUAUCACAGAUGCUCUCAUCACCCGCUCGCCAGGCGCUCCAAUUGCAUAAUAGCCAUUCUCAACAAACAUCCCACUCCGCCUACGAUUCCUCCGUGUCUCAUGCGCCUUACAAUACCCACAGCCAUCGAAACUCGUUUUCCGCACUUCCCACAAAGACUCCUUUGGAGCAACUCCAAGAUCAGCAGGCACAGUUCCAGGAGCAAUUGGCCUUGCUUCAGCAGCAACAGCUAGAGAUGCAGGCGACAGCGGCGGCUGUUAUGGCGGCCCAGUCUUCGCCCUAUAUGCUGGGCCAUGGACCAUCGCCUUCUUCGUCCCGACCAUCGACUACCCCGGGUGUCACACAAUCACCAGGUGGCAUUUUCUCUCCUCUCACGUCCCCUGCGCUGGAGGCGACCAACCGUCCUCAUCGGUCCCAUUCUGGCCACCACAACCACCAAUUUUCCCCUGCUUUCAAUGCCCAGCAACAACGCACUCCCCACCCGCUCAGUACCAUGUCAUCCCCUGCUCUAAAUCCUGUCGGGUCUAGUGGUGGCGCGAACCAGACCCUGUCUCCUGCGCUCACUGCUCAAAACUCGGCUGAUAUGGAUCCAGAGUAUGUACGGGCGCUAGUUGGUAUGUUGGACAGUGGGCACACGCCCCCUUCGGGUGAACCCUUGCAACCGCCUUACCAAUCGCCCUCCAUGGCUAGCACCUCUACUGCCGGCCAUACGACUGUAAUAUCCUCGCCCGCUCUCCAUGCCACGGGUUCUGGCACAGGUCCGCAUCGCCAAUCUUUGCCGUCCAAGACAAGACCCUCGCCCAUGCUGAAACCUACGAAUCACCGGUCCAACCAUCGCAAUUCUGUGUCUGGUCACUAUUCUGUACCGAGCAGUCCUGCUGUGACGAAAUACCAACCCGACGCUUCUAUGCCUCCUGCUGCUAUGAGCUCUGGACUACCACCUUCAGCUCUCGAGCACCACAGACAGGUACAUUCCUCUACAUCCACAACCUCUACCCCUUCGCCUGUCGAUCUCAGCCAGAUCAUGCCGCCUCCCCCUGUGCCUGCUGGGUCGAGCAAGAGUAGGAAGGGUGUCAUGCCGAUGACUCCUGCGAGCUUGAUGAACCUUGGUUCCGGCAAUGAGUCGACAGACGGAGGACAGAGUGUGCCCCUGCCACCUCCCCCCAAGAGAGUGGGCAACUCUAGCACUGGAGCGGACGGCGGGCAGAUUGCAGCGGAGGGGUCUGGGGGUGGACAAACGGCCAUCACGGAAAAAGGGGCAAAGAAGCAAGGUGGGAAGAAGGGGAAUGCGGGCAAGCCGGUGCCGGUCGGUGGAAAAAGGGCUCUCGCUGCUAGGCCUCAAGCUGUCGGUGUGCGAGUCGCGACCAAAGCAGCUGCAGCAGCGGCCGCGGCGGCUCUGUCGCUGGAGCCGGAGAAUCGCAAGAUCUCACAUAAGGCUGCCGAGCAGAAACGACGGGAUUCCCUCAAAGCAGGUUUCGAUGAACUACGUCUCCUCCUUCCUCCCAUCAACACCGAAGCCCUUGAUCCUCUUUCGGGCGAACCCAUUCCAGGAUCUUCUGCUCCUCGGCUUUUACCCAAAUCGUCUCUCGUACCGGACGAUAACCCCAACAGGGGUAUCAGUAAGGUAGCCUUGUUGAGGUUUGGGAAUGAGUACAUCGAGAAGCUGCAGGAGAGGGUGGAUAGGAGGGACGUCUUUAUCGAGAAGCUCAGGGAAGAGGUAGAGCGGUUAAGACAAGGGGGGCAGGAAGAGGUUCGCGGGGAGGAUGGGGAGGAUCUGUUGGACUAUGACUGGAGAGAGGGAGAGGACGACGAGUUUGGAGAAGAUAAAGACAGUGAUGAAGAAGGCGAAGAAGGCGAAGAGGAGGAGGAUGUAAUGGACGAGGGUAUGGAGGUGGAAGACGAUGGCAGUGGACUGUCCAAAAGACCCACGCGCACAAAGUCGUUAUCAGCGAGGAGCCCAGGCAUAAAAGCCACUGGUCUGAGCUUGUCAAGGGCUAGUGGUUCUGAUGCGACCACCACCAGAGGAAAGAAGGGCGAAUAA